UAGAUCUAGCGUGUCUAUUAAAGUUUUUCAGUUAUGAAAUUUAGGGGCAAAAUCGUUGAUAUUGGCUGCAUUCAUCAUUUUACAAAUAUAGUGGGGACCAUCUCAAAACUAGUGAAAACAUGCAUUCUGCGUAUCACAGAGGACAAAGUUUUUUUCAUAUUGUCAGAGCGUAUAGGUGAAGGCGGGGCUCAAAUAUGGUGUGAACUCCCACAGAGUCACUUCUUUGAUGAGUUUGCAAUGGAAGGUGUGUCCCAAGACGCAAAUGAAAUUUACCUUGAAGUCUCCCCUGACCUGAUGUUGAGAUCUCUGAAGACUGCACAUUCUGCCAAGUGGAUCAAGAUCAAACUUACAAAGAAGCAUGUCCCUUGUUUAACCAUGGAGAUUGAUUUGCCAAGUGGCAGCUCCAAUCAAAGAUUAGUUGUGCAUGAUGUGCCUGUCACUGUUGUGGCCAGAAAGCAUUGGCCAGAUUUUACAGAACCUGAGAUGCCAAAAUUUGAUGUUAGUAUUGCAAUGCCUCAGCUGAAAGUGUUAAAAAAUGUGGUUGACAAAAUGAAGAAUCUCAACAAUUAUCUGUCUCUUUCAGCCAAUAACAAUGGCGAAAUGAAGUUGUCAGUUGAAACAGAAAUGGUUUCUGUGAGCACGCACUUUCAGAACUUGCACAACCCAACCUGGACUAGGGAAGGAGGCAGCCAACAGUUGUCACAGUCUUCUGAUCAGAACUCAAAUGAAUUCUUUACUGCUAGAGUUGACAUACGAAAGUUUGCUAUGUUCCUUAACAGCCAGCAAGUCAAUCCUAGUCGAGUUGUCUGCAAUGUUGUCCACCAUCGAAUGAUCCAUUUUUUCCUGAUGCAUGAUGAUGUGUCACUUCAGUAUUUUUUACCUGUUGUGUCCAGAUGACAUGGAACUGUUUACUUAAGGGAGAAACUGUUUCUUAUGACUCUCGCUCAUGUAUAUAUAUAAAUAAAUAAUUAAAUUAUUUUGCUUGU